GAAUUCAUGCUGGAAGUCCGAACCGGUUCCGGACUAAUUUGACUGGGUAGAGGAAUAACCGCUGUCAAUUCUGUCGAACACAGCCACAAAAAAACAUGACGACAGUAGCGCACCUGGUUUGGAUAUCCCAACUACCUUCGAAACCGUUAGAGAUUUUACACAAGUUGAAUGCUGAAGAUGGACGUCUGUUCUCUGUGCCUAAACGUCUAUUAUCUGUCGAAUAGAAUACCGUGUUUUAAAUUGUGGACAAUUUAAAACAGAAUAGUCGAACUUUUUAAAUCUGAUCCAAAAAAGUGCUUGAAAAACAGAUCUGCAUUUCAGCAUUGCGAUCGAUCUGUGUUAGUCGGUGAUGUAAAAUAGAACAGCCCAUAUAGAAUACAUCAGCGUUGCGAGCAGCCUUAUGGUCCAACUAGCGAAUCAAAUGCGUUAAAGGCUACAGUUUACAGUUCGGGAAACGGGUCACGGUAUUUGUGUCCCUGUGUAUUUAACAUGUAGCCCGAGAUUUCGAAUCCCGUGACGGGACAUGAGUCUACACAAAAAUGACAAUUUUCAUGAAGUGUAAACCCAACCGCGGGAAACAUCACGGGAUUUUAAAACUCUCCACACAAAAAUCCGGCCGGGAAGAAUUCAACAUAAAUUGUUCCUGACGAGGAAAAUCUAGGGGCAGAUCACUUGUGAUGCAUUUUUAAAAAUCAGCUAAAUUAAAUUCUAUCAAAAUAGAAAUUCGUAAUGUAUUUUGCCUUGCGUGCAAUGUAUUUUGCGUUGCGUAUAAGACGUCAAAACCCUACAAAAAAUUAGCCCUACAUUCAACAAAACGUCGAACAAAGUGAAUCAGCGUAGGACGUUUGUUAAACUCUUCUGCGAGGCAGUGCAAAGUUGAUGCAAAAAGGGAAAUUAAAUGCAUAUUUUCUAAUUUGAUGCAAAUUUAUUAUACAUUUCUAGAGUGAUCUGCCCCUAGAGGAAAAUGGUAUUUUAUUAGGUUUGCUUUUGCUCGGAUCUGUAUGAAUGUUUGGGAAGAUAUUUUCAAGGAGUUAUACCUUCAGAUAAAAUUUAAAUUAUGUUUUCGAUUUUUUGAUAAAUAAAAAAGCAUGUAACCCCUUAAUUGUACCCUUAUAGUACGAUAAAAGUGUCCAGGUAAUGACAUUACUAGAAUUGCAUGUGAAUUCCGUCAUUAGUCACCUUACACAAUCAUUAAAAGUGACAUUCCUGCUCAGCAAUGACUUUACUAACGUCUCGUGUAAGGGCCUCUUAAAAUGUAAACACUCAAAGGUCGUAAAUGCUCCCACCAUUCUUUCCCCUUAUCUUGCCCUUUCUUGCCUAAAAUGAUCUCUUAGAAAAUGAUCAUAUUCCAAGCAACGGCUUACUAUUUCUCCGUUAAAUUCAUCCUUUCAGUACAGCAACAGUUGAAGCGCCAAAACUCGGGACUCCCCCGGAUGGAGUCGAUUUCGCGUUUUGGUAGUAUCCCGGUGGUCGAGACUGGAAUCAAGACCGCGGGUACCGUUUAUCACAGAGUUAAGACCAGUAAUGGGCUAUUCAACUGGGGCUUCGAAACAGCCGAAGCUGUUACGUACGCUCUAGUCGAUUCACUUAGACCAGCAGCAAAGUUGAUCGAAGGCCCACUGCACCGUCUGGACAGUUUUAUGUGCCGAAGCUUGGAUUUUGUUGAAACCAAGGUACCUUCCAUGUACCUGCCGCCUGAAAUGAUGUACUGGAACACCAAGGAGUACAUGUCAGAUCACCUGGUUAAGCCGGUACUGAGCCGAGCCAAUUCGAUGAAACAUCUCGGCCAUGCAGUGCUGGACUCGCGCGUUUCCAACUACGCUGCCGGUCGGCUCGAUGGAGCGCUGAGUGUAUGCGACAAAUAUGUGGAUCGGUUCCUACCAGCCGAACCUGCCGAGGACCAACCGGAUGGAAAAUUAGCAGACGACUCCAACGAAACCCACGUCAUCCAAACAAUCCAUCGUGGACAACGAAUCUCACGCAAACUGAAACGCCGUCUUACAUUCCGAACCCGUCAGGAAUUGAGUGCCCUAAAGAAACAAAGUACCGAAGCCGUGCAUGUUGUGUUCUAUGUAGCUGAACUGGUCGCCACAAAUCCACGGUUGGCCUUGCAGAAAGGCAUCGAACUUUGGAAGUAUUUGAGUGCUGACGAACCGGAAAACCAAGAGCGACCGAAGACGCUAGAACAUCUGGUGGUUCUUCUUACACGUGAAUCGGCCCGCAAGUUGAUACAUCUGAUUAACUUCGCGACCAACUCGGUGACCAAAAUUCCCAGAACGAUUCGCUCGCAGACUCGGGAGCUACUGCAUCACUUCCUGUUUGCCACUGAUCGAAUUAUCAAGGCUGUGCAUCUGGAGAAAGCCAAGGACGCCACACUGUCGGAAGCAACUGGUUUGGUGCAUAAGAUUCAGCACACCUACGAUGAGCUGCAAACGCAGACUAACUUGGCUUUGCAGUCUUUCUGUCCGGCCGGUUGGAAGCGGAGAAGAUCACCACCAGCGACAACCCGCGGCGACGAAUCCAGAAUCGAGCUAACCAUCACCCAAUGCAUUCUAGCAUCAAUGGCGUUUAUUAGUGUCCAGGCAGCAGAACUGAUACAGCAACAGCUUCAAGAGGGAAUAGCCGGACCAUUGGGUGGGGAUGAUGUGCGAGAGUGGAUCUGAUCGUAACGUAGGUUGAAAAGCUACUCAAGCCAAAGCAGGACUUACAACAUA